AUGGAGCUGGACAAGUUCAGAGUCGGAGGGCUUGCCAGCUUGUUCUACAUCCCGAACUUCCUCACGGAGGAGGAGGGGGCGGCGAUCUUGAGGAGGGUGAGCAUGAUGCCUGAGAGCUCAUGGGCGAACCUCAAGCGCAGGCGACUGCAGAACCAUGGCGGAACUCCGCACCCGGAUGGCAUGAUCCCGUCGGAGGUCCCGCAGUUCAUACAUGCGGUGAUGGACGCGCUGGUGCAGGCGGGUGUGUUCAAGGAGGAAGAACGACCGAAUCAUGUCCUGCUCAACGAGUACGCGAGGGGUCAGGGCAUUGCUCCUCACCAGGACGGUCCCCUCUACAUGCCCCUAGUCGCCAUCCUCUCCCUCGAUGGCCCCGCGCUCCUUCAGUUUUGGCCGAGCCUGCAUGCGACCAAGUGCGGGGAGGCAGUCGCGUCAGUCCUGUGCUUGUCCAACAGCCUGCUGGUGUUCAAUGAGGAGGCAUACGAGAGCCACUGGCACGGGAUAGUCGAGAGAGGAGCAGACAACAUCGAGCACCACACAUGUAACUUGCAUGUGCUCGGUGACGAUUACUGUGUGGGAACGGCUGUAGAGAGAGGGAGGAGGAUCUCACUGACAGUGAGGCGGGUGCUCAAGAUCAGGGAUGGUGAGGAGCGCAUUCUGACGCAGGAGGCGAUGGAGGAGGAGAAGAGGAAGGAGCGAUGGUGGUUGUCUUCUCGGGGGGAGGAGCAUCAAAUCUUUCAACCUUCUCGUUAG